ACUCGGUUUGCAACUAAUUUCAUUGCCUUGUAAAGCAUAUUGGCCCAAAAAGAUGCAUUAAGGGCCAUGGUGACAUCUAGGGACUGAAUAGGCUCAACUUAUGCCAAAGUCUCCAAGGCUAAAAAAUUUGUGGAGCAAAUCUUGGACUUUGGUUUUUGGAAAUGGUGUGCUGAUAUGGAGAAGCUUACAAAACCAUUAGUUCGUGUGUUACGUAUUGUUGACAAAGAGGAAAAUGGUUAGGAGGUUUCGGAGAAAUAAGAGGAAAAUGGAGCCUUAUUUAGAGGUCCUUGAUAGGCAUUGGGAUUCACAGCUUCACAAAGAUCUAUAUGCAACUGGUUAUUGGUUAAAUCCGGCUUGUAGAUUCAAUGCUAAAGAAUUUGAGAAGCAUAGGAACACACAAUCUGGAAUUUUGGAACUCAUUGACAGGUACACACAUGGAGAUCUUGAGUUGCCAGAUAAAUUAUAUGAAGGCAUGAGGAUAUAUAAAAAUUCUGGAGGAGAUUUUGCUAGACGAGCUGCAAUACGUGAAUGGAACAUAGUCAUGCUAGGAAUCAACUAAGACAACAAAAUUAUGACCCAACCAAUUUGAAAAUCCUUGAUGACCAUUUGGGUGUUGGAGGAGUCACCACCAUUCUUAACUCGUGAAGAGGUGGAGGCUUUAUGUAAUGAUCUUGCAAACAUGUCCAUUCAAUCAACUUCAGAUGAUAUUAGUAUGUUUCUUAAUGACAUUAGUAUUUAUUAGGCAUCACUUAUGUACUUAUGUUAAUUGCUAAUUUGAAUCUAUAGUGAUGUUCCCAUAGAUAAAUUAAAUUUGGAUGAUAAUGUGCCACAACCACCAGACAACCCCAUAGAAGAUGUUAAUCCAAAUGAAAGCAAUAUUGGUGAAGAUCAUUCUUUUGAUGAAGAAGGAUUACCUAAAGUU